AUGCACUCUAAUUAGGAGUUUAGCUGCAGAAUUCCACACCACAAAAUAGUCAAUAAGAAGAUUGUCUAUGUGGUUAUAUUUGUUUCCCACUCAUAUUGUUCUGCGAAAGUCUAGCAUCUACGGUAUUCGGAGGCUGAAAAAUUGCAUGCCAAAUUGGAUAAGUCAUCAUAACAAUUACGUAUCUCUGUUACACUACCCUAAUUCCCUGGCAAAAAACUAUUUGGCAGUCAUAAUGAUUCUGAAUAAGGCAUUUUACGACGUGUAUGUAUUGUCUUCAUCCAUUAUUUUAGAGAUCUGAUUUGUAAGAUUAUUUCAACCAACUACUUAGAAUUGAUAAACUCUACUCUAUUCCAUGUCUGAAAUCUAUGUUACCAGAUAUCAAUGAUGAUAAAAGUGAUCUUGCCUAAUUCUUGCAGGAUAAGUAAUUUAUUUAUCAUGACACUUAGACCCCAAUAAUAAUACAAUUUUAUUAUUGAUUCAUUCUAACAAUUAGACAUGUUUGUACUGUAUUUUGUUCAAGUUAUUGACAAUCUUAAUAAAUCCAAAUGGAGAUUCAAAACCAGAUAUUCAGAUCUGAGAGACAUCCAUUAGGCACUGAAAGAACAAAUCAAAGUCAACACCAUUCCUGAGUUCCCAAAACGAAAGAUAUUUGGAAUAACCAAUGAUGAUCCACAAGAAAUUGAAACCAGAAAAAAAAAUCUAGAAAUAUAUCUCAACUCUAUUUAUGCGUACUCCUAUAAUAUCUAAUUAGAGUAAUCCAGAACUAGCCAAUACAGAUAUUUUAGAUUAUUUCAUACAGAACAGCAGAAGAGAAUCCAAAAAAUUAUAAAAGUUUGAUGAACAAAAAAUGUUAUUAAAAAUGGUAUUUAUAUUAUAAUUACUAAUUCAUUUUAGAAACUUAAAUAAAAACAACAAAAAUAAUAAUAGAUAGAACAAUUGCAAAAAAAAUUAUUGAAUCCUGAAAACCAAUCAGAUACCAAUACUGCAGAUAAAACAUCUCAAAAACAAAUCAAACAAAUACCCAGAAAAGGACUCUUCGUUAUUAAAGAACUCUUAGAUAAAUACGAAGAUGACAAUACCACACUCCUAAGAUACAGCUCCCUAUCUACCAAUCCAUUAAACACAGUUGGUGCUACCCAGAUGCCAAUAACCAUUACACAAAAUAACUAAUUGGAUGAUGAUUUUAUAAAAGCAUCCUCGUAACCGCAAGCUGCACAAAUUGUCAUGGAUGAUCUUGAAGAUGACUUUGUAAUCCAAAUUGAAGAAGACAAAGAUGAAGAAGCUUAAUUAACCUAUUAAAAAUGAC